GUGGGUUAAUUUCAGAUCCUUCUCCCAUACAAAACCUGACUGUUGUAGAGGUUCUGAGCUCAAGUGCUAUUUUGAGAUGGAGCCCACCACUGACUGGUUCAAGUGAAUACCAUGUGUUUGUCUUUGGAUCUCCCUCAUCAGAAAUGACUAUCCCCUUAACAGAAGCCAUUCUGAAUAACCUGAUACCUGGAAACUACUACACUGUCAUCAUAACUGCAAAUGGGUCACCAGUGGAAAUAUCUUUUAGUACAGUGCCUGGGAAGAUCAAGAACUUGGCAGUUGUGUGUGUCACCCAGCGUACUGUCUCCCUCAGCUGGGAACCACCUGAAGGAAAUUCAAGUUCUUAUGUAAUUAGGAUCUUACAAUUUCCAGCUUUCAAAGGAAACUUGCGCUUAGCAUCUCUUACCAUUGACAGUCUGACACCUGGAAAUUUCUACACAUUUUAUAUCUCUGCUGCUGUUGGUGAAUCUCUGAUAGAGGGGUAUAACACCUCCAUAUCUACCUACACAUAUCCUGGAGAGGUUGUGAAUCUGACUGUUAGUAACAUCACUACUAGUUCUGUGCUUCUCAACUGGCUUUCUCCUCUGGGAAACUCAAGUUCAUUUCUGGUCCAAAUUCUUCAGAAUACUAAGUUUGAGCUGAAAGUGGCUGCAAGUUCUGCUGAAAUUUCAGGUCUACAAUCAGGGAAUUUGUAUACAUUCUUGGUCUCUGCGCUUGUCGGGGAAGCAAAUAUACAAGGAAACAGUUCAGUAAUAUCUGCCUACACAAAUCCUGGAGAGGUUGUGAAUCUGACUGUUAGUAACAUCACUACUAGUUCUGUGCUUCUCAACUGGCUUUCUCCUCUGGGAAACUCAAGUUCUUUUCUGGUCCAAAUUCUCCAGAAUACUAAGUUUGAGCUGAAAGUGGCUGCAAGUUCUGCUGAAAUUUCAGGUCUACAAUCAGGGAAUUUGUAUACAUUCUUGGUCUCUGCGCUUGUCGGGGAAGCAAAUAUACAAGGCAACAGUUCAGUAAUAUCUGCCUAUACAAAUCCUGGAAAGGUUGUGAAUCUGACUGUUAGUAACAUCACUACUAGUUCUGUGUUUCUCAACUGGCUUUCUCCUCUGGGAAAUACAAGUUCAUUUCUGAUCCAAAUUCUCCAGAAUACUACCUUUGUGAUGAAAGUGGCUGCAAAUUCUGCUGAAAUUUCAGGUCUACAAUCUGGGAAUUUGUAUACAUUCUUGGUUUCUGCACUUGUUGGGGAAGCAAAUAUACAAGGCAACAGUUCAGAAAUAUCUGCCUAUACAAUGCCUGGUAAGGUUAAGAACUUGGCAGUUGUGUGUGUCACCCAACGUACUGUCUCCCUAACCUGGGAGCCACCUGAAGGAAAUUCAAGUUCUUAUGUAAUAAGGAUCUUACAGUUUCCAGCUUUCAAAGGAAACUUGAUCUUAGCAUCUCUUACCAUUGACAGUCUGACACCUGGAAAUUUCUACACAUUUUACAUCUCUGCUGCUGUUGGCGAAUCUCUGAUAGAGGGGUAUAACACCUCCAUAUCUACCUACACAUAUCCUGGAGAGGUUGUGAAUCUGACUGUUAGUAACAUCACUACUAGUUCUGUGCUUCUCAACUGGCUUUCUCCUCUGGGAAACUCAAGUUCAUUUCUGGUCCAAAUUCUCCAGAAUACUAAGUUUGAGCUGAAAGUGGCUGCAAGUUCUACUGAAAUUUCAGGUCUACAAUCAGGGAAUUUGUAUACAUUCUUGGUCUCUGCGCUUGUCGGGGAAGCAAAUAUACAAGGCAACAGUUCAGUAAUAUCUGCCUACACAAAUCCUGGAAAGGUUGUGAAUCUGACUGUUAGUAACAUCACUACUAGUUCUGUGUUUCUCAACUGGCUUUCUCCUCUGGGAAAUACAAGUUCAUUUCUGAUCCAAAUUCUCCAGAAUACUACCUUUGUGAUGAAAGUGGCUGCAAAUUCUGCUGAAAUUUCAGGUCUACAAUCUGGGAAUUUGUAUACAUUCUUGGUCUCUGCACUUGUUGGGGAAGCAAAUAUACAAGGCAACAGUUCAGAAAUAUCUGCCUAUACAAUGCCUGGGAAGGUCAAGAACUUUGCAGUUGUGUGUGUCACCCAAUGUACUGUCUCCCUAACCUGGGAGCCACCUGAAGGAAAUUCAAGUUCUUAUGUAAUAAGGAUCUUACAGUUUCCAGCUUUCAAAGUAAACUUGAUCUUAGCAUCUCUUACCAUUGACAGUCUGACACCUGGAAAUUUCUACACAUUUUACAUCUCUGCUGCUGUUGGCGAAUCUCUGAUAGAGGGGUAUAACACCUCCAUAUCUACCUACACAUAUCCUGGAGAGGUUGUGAAUCUGACUGUUAGUAACAUCACUACUAGUUCUGUGCUUCUCAACUGGCUUUCUCCUCUGGGAAACUCAAGUUCAUUUCUGGUCCAAAUUCUCCAGAAUACUAAGUUUGAACUGAAAGUGGCUGCAAGUUCUGCUGAAAUUUCAGGUCUACAAUCAGGGAAUUUGUAUACAUUCUUGGUCUCUGCGCUUGUCGGGGAAGCAAAUAUACAAGGAAACAGUUCAGUAAUAUCUGCCUACACAAAUCCUGGAAAGGUUGUGAAUCUGACUGUUAGUAAGAUCACUACUAGUUCUGUGUUUCUCAACUGGCUUUCUCCUCUGGGAAAUACAAGUUCAUUUCUGAUCCAAAUUCUCCAGAAUACUACCUUUGUGAUGAAAGUGGCUGCAAAUUCUGCUGAAAUUUCAGGUCUACAAUCUGGGAAUUUGUAUACAUUCUUGGUCUCUGCACUUGUUGGGGAAGCAAAUAUACAAGGCAACAGUUCAGAAAUAUCUGCCUAUACAAUGCCUGGGAAGGUCAAGAACUUUGCAGUUGUGUGUGUCACCCAACGUACUGUCUCCCUAACCUGGGAGCCACCUGAAGGAAAUUCAAGUUCUUAUGUAAUAAGGAUCUUACAGUUUCCAGCUUUCCAAGGAAACUUGAUCUUAGCAUCUCUUACCAUUGACAGUCUGACACCUGGAAAUUUCUACACAUUUUACAUCUCUGCUGCUGUUGGCGAAUCUCUGAUAGAGGGGUAUAACACCUCCAUAUCUACCUACACAUAUCCUGGAGAGGUUGUGAAUCUGACUGUUAGUAACAUCACUACUAGUUCUGUGCUUCUCAACUGGCUUUCUCCUCUGGGAAACUCAAGUUCAUUUCUGGUCCAAAUUCUCCAGAAUACUAAGUUUGAACUGAAAGUGGCUGCAAGUUCUGCUGAAAUUUCAGGUCUACAAUCAGGGAAUUUGUAUACAUUCUUGGUCUCUGCGCUUGUCGGGGAAGCAAAUAUACAAGGAAACAGUUCAGUAAUAUCUGCCUACACAAAUCCUGGAAAGGUUGUGAAUCUGACUGUUAGUAACAUCACUACUAGUUCUGUGUUUCUCAACUGGCUUUCUCCUCUGGGAAAUACAAGUUCAUUUCUGAUCCAAAUUCUCCAGAAUACUACCUUUGUGAUGAAAGUGGCUGCAAAUUCUGCUGAAAUUUCAGGUCUACAAUCUGGGAAUUUGUAUACAUUCUUGGUCUCUGCACUUGUUGGGGAAGCAAAUAUACAAGGCAACAGUUCAGAAAUAUCUGCCUAUACAAUGCCUGGGAAGGUCAAGAACUUUGCAGUUGUGUGUGUCACCCAACGUACUGUCUCCCUAACCUGGGAGCCACCUGAAGGAAAUUCAAGUUCUUAUGUAAUAAGGAUCUUACAGUUUCCAGCUUUCAAAGGAAACUUGAUCUUAGCAUCUCUUACCAUUGACAGUCUGACACCUGGAAAUUUCUACACAUUUUACAUCUCUGCUGCUGUUGGCGAAUCUCUGAUAGAGGGGUAUAACACCUCCAUAUCUACCUACACAUAUCCUGGAGAGGUUGUGAAUCUGACUGUUAGUAACAUCACUACUAGUUCUGUGCUUCUCAACUGGCUUUCUCCUCUGGGAAACUCAAGUUCAUUUCUGGUCCAAAUUCUCCAGAAUACUAAGUUUGAGCUGAAAGUGGCUGCAAGUUCUGCUGAAAUUUCAGGUCUACAAUCAGGGAAUUUGUAUACAUUCUUGGUCUCUGCACUUGUCGGUGAAGCAAAUAUACAAGGCAACAGUUCAGUAAUAUCUGCCUACACAAAUCCUGGAAAGGUUGUGAAUCUGACUGUUAGUAACAUCACUACUAGUUCUGUGUUUCUCAACUGGCUUUCUCCUCUUGGAAAUACAAGUUCAUUUCUGAUCCAAAUUCUCCAGAAUACUACCUUUGUGAUGAAAGUGGCUGCAAAUUCUGCUGAAAUUUCAGGUCUACAAUCUGGGAAUUUGUAUACAUUCUUGGUCUCUGCACUUGUUGGGGAAGCAAAUAUACAAGGCAACAGUUCAGAAAUAUCUGCCUAUACAAUGCCGGGGAAGGUCAAGAACUUGGCAGUUGUGUGUGUCACCCAACGUACUGUCUCCCUAACCUGGGAGCCACCUGAAGGAAAUUCAAGUUCUUAUGUAAUAAGGAUCUUACAGUUUCCAGCUUUCAAAGGAAACUUGAUCUUAGCAUCUCUUACCAUUGACAGUCUGACACCUGGAAAUUUCUACACAUUUUACAUCUCUGCUGCUGUUGGCGAAUCUCUGAUAGAGGGGUAUAACACCUCCAUAUCUACCUACACAUAUCCUGGAGAGGUUGUGAAUCUGACUGUUAGUAACAUCACUACUAGUUCUGUGCUUCUCAACUGGCUUUCUCCUCUGGGAAACUCAAGUUCAUUUCUGGUCCAAAUUCUCCAGAAUACUAAGUUUGAACUGAAAGUGGCUGCAAGUUCUGCUGAAAUUUCAGGUCUACAAUCAGGGAAUUUGUAUACAUUCUUGGUCUCUGCGCUUGUCGGGGAAGCAAAUAUACAAGGAAACAGUUCAGUAAUAUCUGCCUACACAAAUCCUGGAAAGGUUGUGAAUCUGACUGUUAGUAAGAUCACUACUAGUUCUGUGUUUCUCAACUGGCUUUCUCCUCUGGGAAAUACAAGUUCAUUUCUGAUCCAAAUUCUCCAGAAUACUACCUUUGUGAUGAAAGUGGCUGCAAAUUCUGCUGAAAUUUCGGGUCUACAAUCUGGGAAUUUGUAUACAUUCUUGGUCACUGCACUUGUUGGGGAAGCAAAUAUACAAGGCAACAGUUCAGAAAUAUCUGCCUAUACAAUGCCUGGGAAGGUCAAGAACUUGGCAGUUGUGUGUGUCACCCAACGUACUGUCUCCCUAACCUGGGAGCCACCUGAAGGAAAUUCAAGUUCUUAUGUAAUAAGGAUCUUACAGUUUCCAGCUUUCAAAGGAAACUUGAUCUUAGCAUCUCUUACCAUUGACAGUCUGACACCUGGAAAUUUCUACACAUUUUACAUCUCUGCUGCUGUUUGCGAAUCUCUGAUAGAGGGGUAUAACACCUCCAUAUCUACCUACACAUAUCCUGGAGAGGUUGUGAAUCUGACUGUUAGUAACAUCACUACUAGUUCUGUGCUUCUCAACUGGCUUUCUCCUCUGGGAAACUCAAGUUCAUUUCUGGUCCAAAUUCUCCAGAAUACUAAGUUUGAGCUGAAAGUGGCUGCAAGUUCUGCUGAAAUUUCAGGUCUACAAUCAGGGAAUUUGUAUACAUUCUUGGUCUCUGCGCUUGUCGGGGAAGCAAAUAUACAAGGCAACAGUUCAGUAAUAUCUGCCUACACAAAUCCUGGAAAGGUUGUGAAUCUGACUGUUAGUAACAUCACUACUAGUUCUGUGUUUCUCAACUGGCUUUCUCCUCUGGGAAAUACAAGUUCAUUUCUGAUCCAAAUUCUCCAGAAUACUACCUUUGUGAUGAAAGUGGCUGCAAAUUCUGCUGAAAUUUCAGGUCUACAAUCUGGGAAUUUGUAUACAUUCUUGGUCUCUGCACUUGUUGGGGAAGCAAAUAUACAAGGCAACAGUUCAGAAAUAUCUGUCUAUACAAUGCCGGGGAAGGUCAAGAACUUGGCAGUUGUGUGUGUCACCCAACGUACUGUCUCCCUAACCUGGGAGCCACCUGAAGGAAAUUCAAGUUCUUAUGUAAUAAGGAUCUUACAGUUUCCAGCUUUCAAAGGAAACUUGAUCUUAGCAUCUCUUACCAUUGACAGUCUGACACCUGGAAAUUUCUACACAUUUUACAUCUCUGCUGCUGUUGGCGAAUCUCUGAUAGAGGGGUAUAACACCUCCAUAUCUACCUACACAUAUCCUGGAGAAGUUGUGAAUCUGACUGUUAGUAACAUCACUACAAGUUCUGUGCUUCUCAACUGGCUUUCUCCUCUGGGAAAUACAAGUUCAUUUCUGAUCCAAAUUCUCCAGAAUACUACCUUUGAGCUGAAAGUGGCUGCAAAUUCUGCUGAAAUAUUAGGUCUACAAUCUGGGAAUUUGUAUACAUUCUUGGUCUGUGCACUUGUUGGAGAAGCAAAUAUACAAGGCAACAGUUCAGAAAUAUCUGCCUACACAAAACCUGGAGCACCCAUAGAUCUGAAUAUACUUAACAGAACAACCAGUUCUGUGACUCUGAGCUGGAAUCCACCUGAGGGAAAUGUCGAUUCAUACCUCAUACAGAUCCUGGGAAAUUUAACUUUUAACAUGACAAUUUCUUCAAGUAUUGUUACUGUUGGAGAGCUGAUACCUGGAAAUUAUUACACCUUCCUGGUCACUUCUGUUGUUGGUAAAACUAAUGUACAAGGGAUGAGCUCAGUGAUAUCUACCAAUACAAAACCUGGAGAAGUAAAGGACCUGACUGCAUACAACAUCACAACAAGUUCUGUAACUCUGAAGUGGGAACCACCAGAAGGAAAUACUAGUUCUUUACUUAUUGAAGUCUUUGAAAAUUCAAACCUUAGUAAAAACGCGACUUCUAAUUUUACCACUAUUGAUGGCUUAACACCGGGAAAUCUUUACAUAUUCAUUGUAAGUGCUGGUGUUGGAGAACGUAAUUUGAGAGGAGACAGUGUAAAUAUAUCUACCCACACAAAACCUGAAAGAGUACAGAACCUGGCCAUAUACAACAUCAGUACCACUUCUGUAUCACUAAGAUGGCAGCCACCAGAAGGAAAUAGCAGGUCCUAUCUGAUCCUUAUCCUGGAAAAUGCAACCUUUAGCAGAAAUGUUACGUUAAACAACACAACAAUUCAUGGGCUGAUACCUGGGAAUUAUUACACAUUCAUUGUAACUGCUUUGGUUGGAGUUAAUGACAUAAAAGGAGAAAGUGCCAACACAUCUACCUAUACAAAACCCGGAGAAGUGAAGAACCUGUCCACAUCCAAUGUCACAACUAACUCUAUCUCUCUGAGCUGGGAAAUACCAGAGGGACAUACUAGUUCUUUUUUGAUCCAAAUCCUGGGAACUUCAAACUUUAGCAAAUAUGUGGCUUUUAAUUUUACUGUUAUUGAUGGCUUAACACCAGGAAAUUAUUACAUCUUCAUUGUAACUGCUCUCGUUGGAGAAAGUGAUGUGAGAGGAGACAGUACAAAUACAUCUAACUACACAAAACCUGCAGAGGUCCAGAACUUGACCACAUACAGCAUCAGUACCACUUCUAUAUCCCUAACCUGGCAGCUACCAGAGGGAAACUACUGGUAUUAUCUGGUCCAAAUCCUUGGAAAUUCAACGUUUGGCAGAAAAGUCACAUCAGAGUUUACUACAGUUGAUGGCCUAUUGCCUGGAAAUUGUUACAUUUUCCAGGUUACGGUUCUUGUUGGAGAUAGUGAUAUCAAAGGAGAAAGUGCAAAUAGUUCUUUCUGUACAAGGCCUGGUAGUGUCAUCCUGAAAGAAGUAUAUAAAGUAAGCACCAGCUCUAUAAAUGUGAGCUGGCUUCUAUCAGAAGGGAACAGGAGCUCUUACCUGGUUGAAGUGGUGGGCGAUCCAUCUCAGAUGUUCCGUAUAAUGUCAGAGUCUUUGAUUAUCACAAACCUAACCAGCAAGAAUCAGUACACUGUUAGAAUUGCUGCUGUUGUUGGGGAGAAUGACCUACAGGGAACCAGCACUGAUGUUUCAGUACUUUUGUCGCAGAACAUCAGUGCUACAUAUAUUUCCAAUACCUCUGCGCUGAUAACAUGGGAACCUGUUAUAGCCCUGAACAUUUCUUAUAACAUCUCUGUUUAUGGAUCCCCAACAAGAUAUCUCACUUUGACUAAUGCAACAGUAUUUAUUGAUGACUUAACACCAGGAAAUUUCUAUAGGAUACAAAUUUUGGCCUAUAAAGAAAACAUGUUAAUUUAUGGCUAUGGUGGUGAAAUCCCACUCUAUACAAGACCAAAUGCAGUCACCGAUACCCAAUAUGGGAAUGUAUCUACUCAUUCUGUGGAUCUGAGAUGGCUUCCGCCAGUAGGCAAUUUCAGUUUCUAUAAGAUUGAGGUGACAGGAAAUACAGAAUGGCAAAAUCUGACAACAAACUCAGAGUCAGUGAAAAUUGAAGGACUCACACCUGGAAAUCUAUACACAUUUAUGAUUGUGCCAAUAACUGGGCUUGAUGUACAAGGAGAUGCUUCUAGAAUAACUGUAUUCACAAAACCUGAAAAAGUAAAGAACCUGGCCAUAUACAACAUCAGUACCACUUCUGUAUCCUUGAGCUGGCAGCCACCAGAAGGAAAUAGCAGGUCCUAUCUGAUCCUUAUCCUGGAAAAUUCAACUUUUAGCAAAAAGGUUACCUUAAAUGACACAACAAUUGAUAGCUUGACACCAGGAAAUUAUUACACAUUCAAUGUAAUUGCCCUUGUCGGAGAUAGUGACAUAAAGGGAGAAAGUGCAGGCACAGCUACCUACACAAAACCAGGAGAAGUAAAGGACCUGACUGCAUACAACAUCACGACAAGUUCUGUAACUCUGAAGUGGGAACCACCAGAAGGAAAUUCUAGUUCUUUUCUGAUUGAAGUCUUUGGAAAUUCAAACCUUAGUAAAAACGUGACUUCUAAUUUUACCACUAUUGAUGGCUUAACACCGGGAAAUCUUUACAUAUUCAUUGUAAGUGCUGGUGUUGGAGAACGUAAUGUGAGAGGAGACAGUGUAAAUAUAUCUACCUACACAAAACCUGAAAGAGUACAGAACCUGGCCAUAUACAACAUCAGUACCACUUCUGUAUCACUAAGCUGGCAGCCACCAGAAGGAAAUAGCAGGUCCUAUCUGAUCCUUAUCCUGGAAAAUUCAACUUUUAGCAAAAAGGUUACCUUAAAUGACACAACAAUUGAAAGCUUGACACCAGGAAAUUAUUACACAUUCAAUGUAAUUGCCCUUGUCGGAGAUACUGACAUAAAGGGAGAAAGUGCAGGCACAGCUACCUACACAAAACCAGGAGAAGUAAAGGACCUGACUGCAUACAACAUCACGACAAGUUCUGUAACUCUGAAGUGGGAACCACCAGAAGGAAAUUCUAGUUCUUUUCUGAUUGAAGUCUUUGGAAAUUCAAACCUUAGUAAAAACGUGACUUCUAAUUUUACCACUAUUGAUGGCUUAACACCGGGAAAUCUUUACAUAUUCAUUGUAAGUGCUGGUGUUGGAGAACGUAAUGUGAGAGGAGACAGUAUAAAUAUAUCUACCUACACAAAACCUGAAAGAGUACAGAACCUGGCCAUAUACAAGAUCAGUACCACUUCUGUAUCCUUGAGCUGGCAGCCACCAGAAGGAAAUAGCAGGUCCUAUCUGAUCCUUAUCCUGGAAAAUGCAACCUUUAGCAGAAAUGUUACGUUAAACAACACAACAAUUGAUGGGCUGAUACCUGGGAAUUAUUACACAUUCAUUGUAACUGCUUUGGUUGGAGUUAAUGACAUAAAAGGAGAAAGUGCCAACACAUCUACCUAUACAAAACCCGGAGAAGUGAAGAACCUGUCCACAUCCAAUGUCACAACUAACUCUAUCUCUCUGAGCUGGGAAACACCAGAGGGACAUACUAGUUCUUUUUUGAUCCAAAUCCUGGGAACUUCAAACUUUAGCAAAUAUGUGGCUUUUAAUUUUACUGUUAUUGAUGGCUUAACACCAGGAAAUUAUUACAUCUUCAUUGUAACUGCUCUCGUUGGAGAAAGUGAUGUGAGAGGAGACAGUACAAAUACAUCUAACUACACAAAACCUGCAGAGGUCCAGAACUUGACCACAUACAGCAUCAGUACCACUUCUAUAUCCCUAACCUGGCAGCUACCAGAGGGAAACUACUGGUAUUAUCUGGUCCAAAUCCUUGGAAAUUCAACGUUUGGCAGAAAAGUCACAUCAGAGUUUACUACAGUUGAUGGCCUAUUGCCUGGAAAUUGUUACAUUUUCCAGGUUACGGUUCUUGUUGGAGAUAGUGAUAUCAAAGGAGAAAGUGCAAAUAGUUCUUUCUGUACAAGGCCUGGUAGUGUCAUCCUGAAAGAAGUAUAUAAAGUAAGCACCAGCUCUAUAAAUGUGAGCUGGCUUCUAUCAGAAGGGAACAGGAGCUCUUACCUGGUUGAAGUGGUGGGCGAUCCAUCUCAGAUGUUCCGUAUAAUGUCAGAGUCUUUGAUUAUCACAAACCUAACCAGCAAGAAUCAGUACACUGUUAGAAUUGCUGCUGUUGUUGGGGAGAAUGACCUACAGGGAACCAGCACUGAUGUUUCAGUACUUUUGUCGCAGAACAUCAGUGCUACAUAUAUUUCCAAUACCUCUGCGCUGAUAACAUGGGAACCUGUUAUAGCCCUGAACAUUUCUUAUAACAUCUCUGUUUAUGGAUCCCCAACAAGAUAUCUCACUUUGACUAAUGCAACAGUAUUUAUUGAUGACUUAACACCAGGAAAUUUCUAUAGGAUACAAAUUUUGGCCUAUAAAGAAAACAUGUUAAUUUAUGGCUAUGGUGGUGAAAUCCCACUCUAUACAAGACCAAAUGCAGUCACCGAUACCCAAUAUGGGAAUGUAUCUACUCAUUCUGUGGAUCUGAGAUGGCUUCCGCCAGUAGGCAAUUUCAGUUUCUAUAAGAUUGAGGUGACAGGAAAUACAGAAUGGCAAAAUCUGACAACAAACUCAGAGUCAGUGAAAAUUGAAGGACUCACACCUGGAAAUCUAUACACAUUUAUGAUUGUGCCAAUAACUGGGCUUGAUGUACAAGGAGAUGCUUCUAGAAUAACUGUAUUCACAAAACCUGAAAAAGUACAAAACCUGGCCAUAUACAACAUCAGUACCACUUCUGUAUCCUUGAGCUGGCAGCCACCAGAAGGAAAUAGCAGGUCCUAUCUGAUCCUUAUCCUGGAAAAUUCAACUUUUAGCAAAAAGGUUACCUUAAAUGACACAACAAUUGAUAGCUUGACACCAGGAAAUUAUUACACAUUCAAUGUAAUUGCCCUUGUUGGAGAUAGUGACAUAAAGGGAGAAAGUGCAGGCACAGCUACCUACACAAAACCAGGAGAAGUAAAGGACCUGACUGCAUACAACAUCACGACAAGUUCUGUAACUCUGAAGUGGGAACCACCAGAAGGAAAUUCUAGUUCUUUUCUGAUUGAAGUCUUUGGAAAUUCAAACCUUAGUAAAAACGUGACUUCUAAUGUUACCACUAUUGAUGGCUUAACACCGGGAAAUCUUUACAUAUUCAUUGUAAGUGCUGGUGUUGGAGAACGUAAUGUGAGAGGAGACAGUGUAAAUAUAUCUACCUACACAAAACCUGAAAGAGUACAGAACCUGGCCAUAUACAACAUCAGUACCACUUCUGUAUCACUAAGCUGGCAGCCACCAGAAGGAAAUAGCAGGUCCUAUCUGAUCCUUAUCCUGGAAAAUGCAACUUUUAGCAAAAAGGUUACCUUAAAUGACACAACAAUUGAUAGCUUGACACCAGGAAAUUAUUACACAUUCAAUGUAAUUGCCCUUGUCGGAGAUAGUGACAUAAAGGGAGAAAGUGCAGGCACAGCUACCUACACAAAACCAGGAGAAGUAAAGGACCUGACUGCAUACAACAUCACAACAAGUUCUGUAACUCUGAAGUGGGAACCACCAGAAGGAAAUUCUAGUUCUUUUCUGAUUGAAGUCUUUGGAAAUUCAAACCUUAGUAAAAACGUGACUUCUAAUUUUACCACUAUUGAUGGCUUAACACCGGGAAAUUUUUACAUAUUCAUUGUAAGUGCUGGUGUUGGAGAACGUAAUGUGAGAGGAGACAGUGUAAAUAUAUCUACCCACACAAAACCUGAAAGAGUACAGAACCUGGCCAUAUACAAGAUCAGUACCACUUCUGUAUCCUUGAGCUGGCAGCCACCAGAAGGAAAUAGCAGGUCCUAUCUGAUCCUUAUCCUGGAAAAUGCAACUUUUAGCAAAAAGGUUACCUUAAAUGACACAACAAUUGAUAGCUUGACACCAGGAAAUUAUUACACAUUCAAUGUAAUUGCCCUUGUCGGAGAUAGUGACAUAAAGGGAGAAAGUGCAGGCACAGCUACCUACACAAAACCAGGAGAAGUAAAGGACCUGACUGCAUACAACAUCACGACAAGUUCUGUAACUCUGAAGUGGGAACCACCAGAAGGAAAUUCUAGUUCUUUUCUGAUUGAAGUCUUUGGAAAUUCAAACCUUAGUAAAAACGUGACUUCUAAUUUUACCACUAUUGAUGGCUUAACACCGGGAAAUCUUUACAUAUUCAUUGUAAGUGCUGGUGUUGGAGAACGUAAUGUGAGAGGAGACAGUGUAAAUAUAUCUACCUACACAAAACCUGAAAGAGUACAGAACCUGGCCAUAUACAACAUCAGUACCACUUCUGUAUCACUAAGCUGGCAGCCACCAGAAGGAAAUAGCAGGUCCUAUCUGAUCCUUAUCCUGGAAAAUGCAACUUUUAGCAAAAAGGUUACCUUAAAUGACACAACAAUUGAUAGCUUGACACCAGGAAAUUAUUACACAUUCAAUGUAAUUGCCCUUGUCGGAGAUAGUGACAUAAAGGGAGAAAGUGCAGGCACAGCUACCUACACAAAACCAGGAGAAGUAAAGGACCUGACUGCAUACAACAUCACAACAAGUUCUGUAACUCUGAAGUGGGAACCACCAGAAGGAAAUUCUAGUUCUUUUCUGAUUGAAGUCUUUGGAAAUUCAAACCUUAGUAAAAACGUGACUUCUAAUUUUACCACUAUUGAUGGCUUAACACCGGGAAAUUUUUACAUAUUCAUUGUAAGUGCUGGUGUUGGAGAACGUAAUGUGAGAGGAGACAGUGUAAAUAUAUCUACCUACACAAAACCAGGAGAAGUAAAGGACCUGACUGCAUACAACAUCACGACAAGUUCUGUAACUCUGAAGUGGGAACCACCAGAAGGAAAUUCUAGUUCUUUUCUGAUUGAAGUCUUUGGAAAUCCAAACCUUAGUAAAAACGUGACUUCUAAUUUUACCACUAUUGAUGGCUUAACACCGGGAAAUCUUUACAUAUUCAUUGUAAGUGCUGGUGUUGGAGAACGUAAUGUGAGAGGAGACAGUGUAAAUAUAUCUACCUACACAAAACCUGAAAGAGUACAGAACCUGGCCAUAUACAACAUCAGUACCACUUCUGUAUCACUAAGCUGGCAGCCACCAGAAGGAAAUAGCAGGUCCUAUCUGAUCCUUAUCCUGGAAAAUUCAACUUUUAGCAAAAAGGUUACCUUAAAUGACACAACAAUUGAAAGCUUGACACCAGGAAAUUAUUACACAUUCAAUGUAAUUGCCCUUGUCGGAGAUACUGACAUAAAGGGAGAAAGUGCAGGCACAGCUACCUACACAAAACCAGGAGAAGUAAAGGACCUGACUGCAUACAACAUCACGACAAGUUCUGUAACUCUGAAGUGGGAACCACCAGAAGGAAAUUCUAGUUCUUUUCUGAUUGAAGUCUUUGGAAAUUCAAACCUUAGUAAAAACGUGACUUCUAAUUUUACCACUAUUGAUGGCUUAACACCGGGAAAUCUUUACAUAUUCAUUGUAAGUGCUGGUGUUGGAGAACGUAAUGUGAGAGGAGACAGUGUAAAUAUAUCUACCUACACAAAACCUGAAAGAGUACAGAACCUGGCCAUAUACAACAUCAGUACCACUUCUGUAUCCUUGAGCUGGCAGCCACCAGAAGGAAAUAGCAGGUCCUAUCUGAUCCUUAUCCUGGAAAAUGCAACCUUUAGCAGAAAUGUUACGUUAAACAACACAACAAUUGAUGGGCUGAUACCUGGGAAUUAUUACACAUUCAUUGUAACUGCUUUGGUUGGAGUUAAUGACAUAAAAGGAGAAAGUGCCAACACAUCUACCUAUACAAAACCCGGAGAAGUGAAGAACCUGUCCACAUCCAAUGUCACAACUAACUCUAUCUCUCUGAGCUGGGAAACACCAGAGGGACAUACUAGUUCUUUUUUGAUCCAAAUCCUGGGAACUUCAAACUUUAGCAAAUAUGUGGCUUUUAAUUUUACUGUUAUUGAUGGCUUAACACCAGGAAAUUAUUACAUCUUCAUUGUAACUGCUCUCGUUGGAGAAAGUGAUGUGAGAGGAGACAGUACAAAUACAUCUAACUACACAAAACCUGCAGAGGUCCAGAACUUGACCACAUACAGCAUCAGUACCACUUCUAUAUCCCUAACCUGGCAGCUACCAGAGGGAAACUACUGGUAUUAUCUGGUCCAAAUCCUUGGAAAUUCAACGUUUGGCAGAAAAGUCACAUCAGAGUUUACUACAGUUGAUGGCCUAUUGCCUGGAAAUUGUUACAUUUUCCAGGUUACGGUUCUUGUUGGAGAUAGUGAUAUCAAAGGAGAAAGUGCAAAUAGUUCUUUCUGUACAAGGCCUGGUAGUGUCAUCCUGAAAGAAGUAUAUAAAGUAAGCACCAGCUCUAUAAAUGUGAGCUGGCUUCUAUCAGAAGGGAACAGGAGCUCUUACCUGGUUGAAGUGGUGGGCGAUCCAUCUCAGAUGUUCCGUAUAAUGUCAGAGUCUUUGAUUAUCACAAACCUAACCAGCAAGAAUCAGUACACUGUUAGAAUUGCUGCUGUUGUUGGGGAGAAUGACCUACAGGGAACCAGCACUGAUGUUUCAGUACUUUUGUCGCAGAACAUCAGUGCUACAUAUAUUUCCAAUACCUCUGCGCUGAUAACAUGGGAACCUGUUAUAGCCCUGAACAUUUCUUAUAACAUCUCUGUUUAUGGAUCCCCAACAAGAUAUCUCACUUUGACUAAUGCAACAGUAUUUAUUGAUGACUUAACACCAGGAAAUUUCUAUAGGAUACAAAUUUUGGCCUAUAAAGAAAACAUGUUAAUUUAUGGCUAUGGUGGUGAAAUCCCACUCUAUACAAGACCAAAUGCAGUCACCGAUACCCAAUAUGGGAAUGUAUCUACUCAUUCUGUGGAUCUGAGAUGGCUUCCGCCAGUAGGCAAUUUCAGUUUCUAUAAGAUUGAGGUGACAGGAAAUACAGAAUGGCAAAAUCUGACAACAAACUCAGAGUCAGUGAAAAUUGAAGGACUCACACCUGGAAAUCUAUACACAUUUAUGAUUGUGCCAAUAACUGGGCUUGAUGUACAAGGAGAUGCUUCUAGAAUAACUGUAUUCACAAAACCUGAAAAAGUACAAAACCUGGCCAUAUACAACAUCAGUACCACUUCUGUAUCCUUGAGCUGGCAGCCACCAGAAGGAAAUAGCAGGUCCUAUCUGAUCCUUAUCCUGGAAAAUUCAACUUUUAGCAAAAAGGUUACCUUAAAUGACACAACAAUUGAUAGCUUGACACCAGGAAAUUAUUACACAUUCAAUGUAAUUGCCCUUGUCGGAGAUAGUGACAUAAAGGGAGAAAGUGCAGGCACAGCUACCUACACAAAACCAGGAGAAGUAAAGGACCUGACUGCAUACAACAUCACGACAAGUUCUGUAACUCUGAAGUGGGAACCACCAGGAGGAAAUUCUAGUUCUUUUCUGAUUGAAGUCUUUGGAAAUUCAAACCUUAGUAAAAACGUGACUUCUAAUUUUACCACUAUUGAUGGCUUAACACCGGGAAAUUUUUACAUAUUCAUUGUAAGGGCUGGUGUUGGAGAACGUAAUGUGAGAGGUGACAGUGUAAAUAUAUCUACCCACACAAAACCUGAAAGAGUACAGAACCUGGCCAUAUACAACAUCAGUACCACUUCUGUAUCACUAAGCUGGCAGCCACCAGAAGGAAAUAGCAGGUCCUAUCUGAUCCUUAUCCUGGAAAAUUCAACUUUUAGCAAAAACGUUACCUUAAAUGACACAACAAUUGAUAGCUUGACACCAGGAAAUUAUUACACAUUCAAUGUAAUUGCCCUUGUCGGAGAUAGUGACAUAAAGGGAGAAAGUGCAGGCACAGCUACCUACACAAAACCAGGAGAAGUAAAGGACCUGACUGCAUACAACAUCACGACAAGUUCUGUAACUCUGAAGUGGGAACCACCAGAAGGAAAUUCUAGUUCUUUUCUGAUUGAAGUCUUUGGAAAUUCAAACCUUAGUAAAAACGUGACUUCUAAUUUUACCACUAUUGAUGGCUUAACACCGGGAAAUUUUUACAUAUUUAUUGUAAGUGCUGGUGUUGGAGAACGUAAUGUGAGAGGAGACAGUGUAAAUAUAUCUACCUACACAAAACCUGAAAGAGUACAGAACCUGGCCAUAUACAACAUCAGUACCACUUCUGUAUCACUAAGCUGGCAGCCACCAGAAGGAAAUAGCAGGUCCUAUCUGAUCCUUAUCCUGGAAAAUUCAACUUUUAGCAAAAAGGUUACCUUAAAUGACACAACAAUUGAUAGCUUGACACCAGGAAAUUAUUACACAUUCAAUGUAAUUGCCCUUGUCGGAGAUACUGACAUAAAGGGAGAAAUUGCAGGCACAGCUACCUACACAAAACCAGGAGAAGUAAAGGACCUGACUGCAUACAACAUCACAACAAGUUCUGUAACUCUGAAGUGGGAACCACCAGAAGGAAAUUCUAGUUCUUUUCUGAUUGAAGUCUUUGGAAAUUCAAACCUUAGUAAAAACGUGACUUCUAAUUUUACCACUAUUGAUGGCUUAACACCGGGAAAUUUUUACAUAUUCAUUGUAAGUGCUGGUGUUGGAGAACGUAAUGUGAGAGGAGACAGUGUAAAUAUAUCUACCUACACAAAACCUGAAAGAGUACAGAACCUGGCCAUAUACAACAUCAGUACCACUUCUGUAUCACUAAGCUGGCAGCCACCAGAAGGAAAUAGCAGGUCCUAUCUGAUCCUUAUCCUGAAAAAUUCAACUUUUAGCAAAAAGGUUACCUUAAAUGACACAACAAUUGAUAGCUUGACACCAGGAAAUUAUUACACAUUCAAUGUAAUUGCCCUUGUCGGAGAUACUGACAUAAAGGGAGAAAGUGCAGGCACAGCUACCUACACAAAACCAGGAGAAGUAAAGGACCUGACUGCAUACAACAUCACGACAAGUUCUGUAACUCUGAAGUGGGAACCACCAGAAGGAAAUUCUAGUUCUUUUCUGAUGGAAGUCUUUGGAAAUUCAAACCUUAGUAAAAACGUGACUUCUAAUUUUACCACUAUUGAUGGCUUAACACCGGGAACUCUUUACAUAUUCAUUGUAAGUGCUGGUGUUGGAGAACGUAAUGUGAGAGGAGACAGUGUAAAUAUAUCUACCUACACAAAACCUGAAAGAGUACAGAACCUGGCCAUAUACAACAUCAGUACCACUUCUGUAUCCUUGAGCUGGCAGCCACCAGAGGGAAAUUGCUGGUCUUAUCUGAUCCUUAUCCUGGAAAAUGCAACCUUUAGCAGAAAUGUUACGUUAAACAACACAACAAUUGAUGGGCUGAUACCUGGGAAUUAUUACACAUUCAUUGUAACUGCUUUGGUUGGAGAUAGUGACAUAAAAGGAGAAAGUGCCAACACAUCUACCUAUACAAAACCUGGAGAAGUAAAGGACCUGACUGCAUACAAAAUCACGACAAGUUCUAUAACUCUGAAGUGGGAACCACCAGAAGGAAAUUCUAGUUCUUUUCUGAUUGAAGUCUUUGGAAAUUCAAACCUUAGUAAAAACGUGACUUCUAAUUUUACCACUAUUGAUGGCUUAACACCGGGAACUCUUUACAUAUUCAUUGUAAGUGCUGGUGUUGGAGAACGUAAUGUGAGAGGAGACAGUGUAAAUAUAUCUACCUACACAAAACCUGAAAGAGUACAGAACCUGGCCAUAUACAACAUCAGUACUACUUCUGUAUCCUUGAGCUGGCAGCCACCAGAGGGAAAUUGCUGGUCUUAUCUGAUCCUUAUCCUGGAAAAUGCAACCUUUAGCAGAAAUGUUACAUUAAACAACACAACAAUUGAUGGGCUGAUACCUGGGAAUUAUUACACAUUCAUUGUAACUGCUUUGGUUGGAGAUAGUGACAUAAAAGGAGAAAGUGCCAACACAUCUACCUAUACAAAACCUGGAGAAGUAAAGGACCUGACUGCAUACAAAAUCACGACAAGUUCUAUAACUCUGAAGUGGGAACCACCAGAAGGAAAUUCUAGUUCUUUUCUGAUUGAAGUCUUUGAAAAUUCAAACCUUAGUAAAUAUGUGACUUCUAAUUUUACUACUAUUGAUGGCUUAACACCGGGAAAUUUUUACAUAUUCAUUGUAAGUGCUGGUGUUGGAGAACGUAAUGUGAGAGGACACAGUGUAAAUACAUCUAUCUACACAAAACCUGAAAGAGUACAGAACCUGGCCAUAUACAACAUCAGUACCACUUCUGUAUCCUUGAGCUGGCAGCCACCAGAGGGAAAUUGCUGGUCUUAUCUGAUCCUUAUCCUGGAAAAUGCAACCUUUAGCAGAAAUGUUACGUUAAACAACACAACAAUUGAUGGGCUGAUACCUGGGAAUUAUUACACAUUCAUUGUAACUGCUUUGGUUGGAGAUAGUGACAUAAAAGGAGAAAGUGCCAACACAUCUACCUAUACAAAACCUGGAGAAGUAAAGGACCUGACUGCAUACAAAAUCACGACAAGUUCUAUAACUCUGAAGUGGGAACCACCAGAAGGAAAUUCUAGUUCUUUUCUGAUUGAAGUCUUUGGAAAUUCAAACCUUAGUAAAUAUGUGACUUCUAAUUUUACUACUAUUGAUGGCUUAACACCGGGAAAUUUUUACAUAUUCAUUGUAAGUGCUGCUGUAGGAGAGUGUAAUGUGAGAGGACACAGUGUAAAUACAUCUAUCUACACAAUUCUUCCAGCAAUUGCAAGUAUGAACAUUGACAAUGUCACCACCAAUUCGGUGUCUCUCAGUUGGCCUAUUCCAUUAGGAAAUAUCAGUUCCUAUAUCAUUCAAGUCUUAGGGACUCCAUCAAAGGAACUCAUAGUGAAAACAAAUGUUUCCCAUGUGGAUCAGCUGAUACCUGGACAUUAUUAUACAUUCAUGGUGUUUGCUACAAAUGGGAAUAUAAAUGGCACAAAAACACAGAAUUCUACAUUUACAGUUCUUCCAGUAAUUGCAAGCCUGAUCAUAGACAAUGUCACCACCACUUCGGUGUCUCUAAGCUGGCCUAUUCCAUUAGGAAAUAUCAGUUCCUAUAUCAUCCAAGUCAUAGGCACUCCAUCAAAGGAACUCAUAGUGAAAACAAAUUCUUCCCUUGUGGAUCAGCUAAUACCUGGAAAUUAUUAUACAUUCAUAGUGUUUGAUACAAAUGGAAAUAUAAACAGCACAAAAACCUCAAAUUCUACAUUUACAUUUCUUCCAGUUAUUCCAGGCUUAAUCAUAGACAAUGUCACCACCAAUUCAGUGUCUCUAAGCUGGCUGAUUCCAUUAGGAAAUAUCAGUUCAUAUAUCAUUCAAGUAUUGGGGACUCCACAGAAGGAACUGAAAGUGAAUGCAAAUUCUUUGCUUCUGAAUCCGCUGAUUCCUGGAAAUUAUUACAUAUUCACCGUGUUUGCUACCAAUGAGAAUAUGAAUGGUACAAAAACACAGAAUUCUACAAAUACAGUUCCUUCAGCACUUGGAAUUUUGAGCAUAGACAAUGUCACCACCACUUUGGUUUCUCUAAGCUGGCCUAUUCCAUUUGGAAAUAUCAGUUCCUAUAUCAUCCAAGUCUUAGGGACUCCAUCAAAGGAACUGACAGUGUAUGCAAAUUCUUUCCAUGUGGAUGAAUUGACACCUGGGAAUUAUUACGCAUUUGUGGUUUUUGCCAGAGCUGGGAACAUGAAUGGCACAAAAACAGAGAAUUACACAUUUAUAUAUCCUUCAGCAAUUGUAAGCUUGAUCAUAGACAAUGUCACCACCACUUCGGUGUCUCUAAGCUGGCCCAUUCCAUUAGGAAAUAUCAGUUCCUAUAUCAUCCAAGUCUUAGGUUCUUCCUCAAUGGAAUUGAUAGUGAAUACAAAGGCAUCACUCGUGGAUCAGCUGAUUCCUGGAAAUAAAUACACAUUCACAGUCUUUGCCACAGUCGGGAAUUUGAAUGGCACAAAGAUAAAGAAUUCUACAUUUACGGUACCUGGUAACAUCAACAUCAUGAAAAUAGAUAAGUUAAGUAACAGCUCAUUAUAUGUGAGUUGGCAGCUAACAGAAGGCAACAGAACAUCAUAUCUAGUAGAAGUAAGAGGGGAUUUGCCUCAACAACUUUAUGUGGAAUCAGAAUCAGUAAAUAUUUCAAAUUUAAACACUGGUUAUCAGUACACAGUGGGGAUUUCUGCAGUUGCUGGGUCCCAGCAAGGAAGCAAGUUUGAGUUUUCGGCUUUGUUAUCAGAUACUCUCAGCUGUACAAAUAUAUCAACUAACUCCAUGAAACUGUUUUGGGAUGCUCUAUCAGAGACCAACAUAUCCUAUACAAUAAAUGUGAUUGGUUCACCACCCUGGAAUAAAUCACAUUCUACUAAUGAAAUUUUGCUUGAAAAUUUGAUACCAGGCAAUCUAUAUAUAAUUCAGUUAUCUGCUUACCAAGGGAAUAAGGUGUUACAUGGUUAUGGAGGUCAGAUUUCAGUGUACACAAUUCCUCCAGUAAUGUCAUACUUGAUCAUAGACAAUGUCACCACCAAUUCAGUGUCUCUAAGCUGGCCUAUUCCAUUAGGAAAUAUCAGUUCCUAUAUCAUCCAAGUCUUAGGGACUCCAUCAAACGAACUGAGGGUGUAUACAAAUUCUUCCUUUGUGGAUCAGCUGAUACCUGGAAACUAUUACACAUUAAUGAUCUUUACUACAAAUGGAAAUAUGAAUGGUACAAAAACACAAAAUACUACAUUUACAGUUCCUUCAGCAAUUACAAACUUGAUCAUAGACCGUGUCACCUCCACUUCAGUGUCUCUAAGUUGGCCUAUUCCAUUAGGAAAUAUCAGUUUCUAUAUCAUCCAAGUCUCAGGGACUCCAUCAAAGCAACUGACAGUGAACACAAAUUCUUCCAUUGUGGAUCAGCUGAUACCUGGAAAUUAUUAUACAUUCACAGUCUUUGCAACAGCUGGGAACAUUAAUGGCAUCAAAACUGUGAAUUCUACAUUUACAAUUCUUCCAGUAAUUGCAAGCCUGAUCAUAGACAAUGUCACCACCAAUUCAGUGUCUCUAAGCUGGCCUAUUCCAUUAGGAAACAUCAGUUCCUAUUGCAUCCGAGUCUUAGGGACUCCAUCGAAAGAACUGAUAGUGAAUACAAAUUCUUCCCUUUUGGAUAAUCUGAUACCUGGAAAUUAUUACACAUUUGUGAUCUUUGUUACAAAUGACAAAAUGAAUGGUACAAGCACACAGUAUUCUACAUUUACAUUUCCUUCAGCAAUUGCAAGAUUGAUCAUAGACAGUGUCAUCACCACUUCAGUGUCUCUAAGCUGGCCUAUUCCAUUAGGAAAUAUCAGUUCAUAUAUUGUUCAAGUCUCAGGAACUCCAUCAAAGCAACUGACAGUGAAUACAAAUUCUUCCCUUGUGGAUGAGCUGAUACCUGGGAAUUAUUAUACAUUCACAGUCUUUGCCACAGCUGGGAAUAAGAAUGGAGCAAAAACACAUACUUCUACAUCAGCAGUUCCUUCAACAAUUGCAAGGCUGAUCAUAGACAAUGUCACCACCACUUCAGUGUCUCUAAGUUGGCCUAUUCCAUUAGGAAAUAUCACUUCCUAUAUCAUCCAAGUCUUAGGGACUCCAACAAAAGAACUGAGCGUGUAUACAAAUUCUUCCUUUGUGGAUCAGCUGAUACCUGGAAAUUAUUACACAUUUGUGGUCUUUGUUACUAAUGGGAAUAAAAAUGGUACAUACAUACAGAGUUCUACAGCUACAUUUCCUUCAGCAGUUGCAAGCUUGAUCAUAGACAACGUCACCACCACUUCAGUGUCUCUAAGCUGGCCUAUUCCAUUAGGCAAUAUUAGUUCCUAUAUCAUCCGAAUCUUAGGGACUCCAUCAAAUGAAUCAGUGAGAGUGAAUACAAAUUCUUUCCUUGUGGAUAAGUUGACACCUGGAAAUUUUUACACAUUUGUGGUCUUUGUUACAAAUGGGAAUCUGAAUGGUACAAACACACAGAAUUCAACAUUUACAUUUCCCUCAGCAGUUGCAAGCUUGAUCAUAGACAACGUCACCACCACUUCAGUAUCUCUAAGCUGGCCUAUUCCAUUAGGCAAUAUUAGUUCCUAUAUCAUCCAAGUCUUAGGGACGCCAUCAAAGGAACCAGUGAGAGUGAAUACAAAUUCUUUCCUUGUGGAUAAUUUGACACCUGGAAAUUUUUACACAUUUGUUGUCUUUGUUACAAAUGGAAAUCUGAAUGGUACAAACACACAGAAUUCAACAUUUACAUUUCCUUCAACAAUUGCAAGGCUGAUCAUAGACAAUGUCACCACCACUUCAGUGUCUCUAAGCUGGCCUAUUCCAUUAGGAAAUAUCAGUUCCUAUUUCUUCCAAGUCUUAGGGACUCCAUCAAAAGAACUGAGGGUGUAUACAAAUUCUUUCUUUGUGGAUCAGCUGAUACCUGGAAAUUAUUACACAUUUGUGGUCUUUGUUACUAAUGGGAAUAAAAAUGGUACAUACAUACAGAGUUCUACAGCUACAUUUCCUUCAGCAGUUGCAAGCUUGAUCAUAGACAGUGUCACCACCACUUCAGUGUCUCUAAACUGGCCUUUUCCAUUAGGCAAUAUUAGUUCCUAUAUCAUCCGAAUCUUAGGGACUCCAUCAAAGGAAUCAGUGAGAGUGAAUACAAAUUCUUUCCUUGUGGAUAAGUUGACACCUGGAAAUUUUUACACAUUUGUGGUCUUUGUUACAAAUGGGAAUCUGAAUGGUACAAACACACAGAAUUCAACAUUUACAUUUCCUUCAGCAGUUGCAAGCUUGAUCAUAGACAAUGUCACCACCACUUCAGUAUCUCUAAGCUGGGCUAUUCCAUUAGGCAAUAUUAGUUCCUAUAUCAUCCGAAUCUUAGGGACUCCAUCAAAGGAAUCAGUGAGAGUGAAUACAAAUUAUUUCCUUGUGGAUAAUUUGACAACUGGAAAUUUUUACACAUUUGUGGUCUUUGUUACAAAUGGGAAUCUGAAUGGUACAAACACACAGAAUUCAACAUUUACAUUUCCCUCAGCAGUUGCAAGCUUGAUUAUAGACAACAUCACCACCACUUCAGUAUCUCUAAACUGGCCUAUUCCAUUAGGCAAUAUUAGUUCCUAUAUCAUCCAAGUCUUAGGGACGCCAUCAAAGGAACCAAUGAGAGUGAAUACAAAUUCUUUCCUUGUGGAUAAUUUGACACCUGGAAAUUUUUACACAUUUGUUGUCUUUGUUACAAAUGGAAAUCUGAAUGGUACAAACAUACAGAAUUCAACAUUUACAUUUCCUUCAACAAUUGCAAGGCUGAUCAUAGACAAUGUCACCACCACUUCAGUGUCUCUAAGCUGGCCUAUUCCAUUAGGAAAUAUCAGUUCCUAUUUCUUCCAAGUCUUAGGGACUCCAUCAAAAGAACUGAGGGUGUAUACAAAUUCUUUCUUUGUGGAUCAGCUGAUACCUGGAAAUUAUUACACAUUUGUGGUCUUUGUUACUAAUGGGAAUAAAAAUGGUACAUACAUACAGAGUUCUACAGCUACAUUUCCUUCAGCAGUUGCAAGCUUGAUCAUAGACAACGUCACCACCACUUCAGUGUCUCUAAACUGGCCUAUUCCAUUAGGCAAUAUUAGUUCCUAUAUCAUCCGAAUCUUAGGGACUCCAUCAAAGGAAUCAGUGAGAGUGAAUACAAAUUCAUUCCUUGUGGAUAAUUUGACACCUGGAAAUUUUUACACAUUUGUGGUCUUUGUUACAAAUGGGAAUCUGAAUGGUACAAACACACAGAAUUCAACAUUUACAUUUCCUUCAACAAUUGCAAGGCUGAUCAUAGACAAUGUCACCACCACUUCAGUGUCUCUAAGCUGGCCUAUUCCAUUAGGAAAUAUCAGUUCCUAUUUCUUCCAAGUCUUAGGGACUCCAUCAAAAGAACUGAGGGUGUAUACAAAUUCUUUCUUUGUGGAUCAGCUGAUACCUGGAAAUUAUUACACAUUUGUGGUCUUUGUUACUAAUGGGAAUAAAAAUGGUACAUACAUACAGAGUUCUACAGCUACAUUUCCUUCAGCAGUUGCAAGCUUGAUCAUAGACAACGUCACCACCACUUCAGUGUCUCUAAACUGGCCUAUUCCAUUAGGCAAUAUUAGUUCCUAUAUCAUCCGAAUCUUAGGGACUCCAUCAAAGGAAUCAGUGAGAGUGAAUACAAAUUCAUUCCUUGUGGAUAAGUUGACACCUGGAAAUUUUUACACAUUUGUGGUCUUUGUUACAAAUGGGAAUCUGAAUGGUACAAACACACAGAAUUCAACAUUUACAUUUCCUUCAGCAGUUGCAAGUUUGAUCAUAGACAAUGUCACCACCACUUCAGUAUCUCUAAGCUGGGCUAUUCCAUUAGGCAAUAUUAGUUCCUAUAUCAUCCGAAUCUUAGGGACUCCAUCAAAGGAAUCAGUGAGAGUGAAUACAAAUUCUUUCCUUGUGGAUAAGUUGACACCUGGAAAUUUUUACACAUUUGUGGUCUUUGUUACAAAUGGGAAUCUGAAUGGUACAAACACACAGAAUUCAACAUUUACAUUUCCUUCAACAAUUGCAAGGCUGAUCAUAGACAAUGUCACCACCACUUCAGUGUCUCUAAGCUGGCCUAUUCCAUUAGGAAAUAUCAGUUCCUAUUUCUUCCAAGUCUUAGGGACUCCAUCAAAAGAACUGAGGGUGUAUACAAAUUCUUUCUUUGUGGAUCAGCUGAUACCUGGAAAUUAUUACACAUUUGUGGUCUUUGUUACUAAUGGGAAUAAAAAUGGUACAUACAUACAGAGUUCUACAGCUACAUUUCCUUCAGCAGUUGCAAGCUUGAUCAUAGACAACGUCACCACCACUUCAGUGUCUCUAAACUGGCCUAUUCCAUUAGGCAAUAUUAGUUCCUAUAUCAUCCGAAUCUUAGGGACUCCAUCAAAGGAAUCAGUGAGAGUGAAUACAAAUUCAUUCCUUGUGGAUAAGUUGACACCUGGAAAUUUUUACACAUUUGUGGUCUUUGUUACAAAUGGGAAUCUGAAUGGUACAAACACACAGAAUUCAACAUUUACAUUUCCUUCAGCAGUUGCAAGCUUGAUCAUAGACAAUGUCACCACCACUUCAGUAUCUCUAAGCUGGGCUAUUCCAUUAGGCAAUAUUAGUUCCUAUAUCAUCCGAAUCUUAGGGACUCCAUCAAAGGAAUCAGUGAGAGUGAAUACAAAUUCUUUCCUUGUGGAUAAGUUGACACCUGGAAAUUUUUACACAUUUGUGGUCUUUGUUACAAAUGGGAAUCUGAAUGGUACAAACACACAGAAUUCAACAUUUACAUUUCCCUCAGCAGUUGCAAGCUUGAUCAUAGACAACAUCACCACCACUUCAGUAUCUCUAAGAUGGCCUAUUCCAUUAGGCAAUAUUAGUUCCUAUAUCAUCCAAGUCUUAGGGACGCCAUCAAAGGAACCAAUGAGAGUGAAUACAAAUUCUUUCCUUGUGGAUAAUUUGACACCUGGAAAUUUUUACACAUUUGUUGUCUUUGUUACAAAUGGAAAUCUGAAUGGUACAAACACACAGAAUUCAACAUUUAUAUUUCCUUCAACAAUUGCAAGGCUGAUCAUAGACAAUGUCACCACCAAUUCAGUGUCUCUAAGCUGGCCUAUUCCAUUAGGAAAUAUCAGUUCCUAUUUCUUCCAAGUCUUAGGGACUCCAUCAAAAGAACUGAGGGUGUAUACAAAUUCUUUCUUUGUGGAUCAGCUGAUACCUGGAAAUUAUUACACAUUUGUGGUCUUUGUUACUAAUGGGAAUAAAAAUGGUACAUACAUACAGAGUUCUACAGCUACAUUUCCUUCAGUAGUUGCAAGCUUGAUCAUAGACAACGUCACCACCACUUCAGUGUCUCUAAACUGGCCUAUUCCAUUAGGCAAUAUUAGUUCCUAUAUCAUGCGAAUCUUAGGGACUCCAUCAAAGGAAUCAGUGAGAGUGAAUACAAAUUCUUUCCUUGUGGAUAAGUUGACACCUGGAAAUUUUUACACAUUUGUGGUCUUUGUUACAAAUGGGAAUCUGAAUGGUACAAACACACAGAAUUCAACAUUUACAUUUCCUUCAGCAGUUGCAAGCUUGAUCAUAGACAACGUCACCACCACUUCAGUGUCUCUAAGCUGGCCUAUUCCAUUAGGCAAUAUUAGUUCCUAUAUUAUCCGAAUCUUAGGGACGCCAUCAAUGGAACCAGUGAGAGUGAAUACAAAUUCUUUCCUUGUGGAUAAGUUGACACCUGGAAAUUUUUACACAUUUGUGGUCUUUGUUACAAAUGGGAAUCUGAAUGGUACAAACACACAGAAUUCAACAUUUACAUUUCCUUCAACAAUUGCAAGGCUGAUCAUAGACAAUGUCACCACCACUUCAGUGUCUCUAAGCUGGCCUAUUCCAUUAGGAAAAAUCAGUUCCUAUUUCAUCCAAGUCUUAGGGACUCCAACAAAAGAACUGAGCGUGUAUACAAAUUCUUUCUUUGUGGAUCAGCUGAUACCUGGAAAUUAUUACACAUUUGUGGUCUUUGUUACUAAUGGGAAUAAAAAUGGUACAUACAUACAGAGUUCUACAGCUACAUUUCCUUCAGCAGUUUCAAGUUUGAUCAUAGACAACGUCACCACCACUUCAGUGUCUCUAAGCUGGGCUAUUCCAUUAGGCAAUAUUAGUUCCUAUAUCAUCCAAGUCUUAGGGACGCCAUCAAAGGAACCAAUGAGAGUGAAUACAAAUUCUUUCAUUGGGGAUAAGUUGACACCUGGAAAUUUUUACACAUUUGUGGUCUUUGUUACAAAUGGGAAUCUGAAUGGUACAAACACACAGAAUUCAACAUUUACAAUUCCUUCAGCAAUUACAAGCUUGAACAUAGGCAGCGUCUCUACCACCUCAGUGUAUCUAAGCUGGCCUAUUCCAUUAGGAAAUAUCAGUUCCUAUAUCAUCCAAGUCUCAGGCACUCCACGGAAGGAACCAAUAACAGUGAAUACCAAUUUUUCCCUUGUGGAUCAACUGAUACCUGGAAAUUAUUAUACAUUCACAGUCUUUGCCACAGCUGGGAACAUGAAUGGCCAGAAAAUUGCAAACUCAACAACAACAGACUCCAGCAGCAUGUUUUUAUCAAUGACCUACUCUACAAAUGAUAGCAACAUACAAAAUAAAAUUAUUCAACAGGUACAAGAAUUCUUAAGCGAAACCUUUCCUGGACAGAAAAUAACAGUCACAUUGAAGGAAAUGCGGAAAAUAUCCUACAAAUAGUAUAUUAAAUUAUAUAAUAAAGUAUUUGUCCUCAAGAUCAACAAUAGCCAGUCUCCUUAAAUCAGCAUACUGCCUAAACCUUUGCUCAUGAAAGCUUUGUUGCAAAGACAUUCUGCUACUGAGCUUACAGCAUUAAAGGAGAAGGAAAGGUUAAAACUAAGUAAGCCUUAUCAGAAAGGUAUAUAUAAAUAUACUAGUAAACCCUCCAAGUAAUGCUGCUUUGAGUCCUCUGUCAAAAGAAACACUGCAUUUAUUUCCUUCUGUUGUGUACAUAUGAGCUUCUGUAUCAGACUUCCUGCCUUCAGUUUAAACCAUCUUGCCCCGGGCAUGAGAAUGUAACCUUAAUGCAGUUCAUGUUUAUUACUUAUAUGCCUUGUUCUUCAGAGACAAUGCAACAGCAGAAGCUAAAGAUAUUUAGAACUGUUUUUUGGGGGAAACCUGAACACAUUAUUAAUAAGUGAAUCUUACUGAACAUAUCAUAGGCCUGUGAUUCCUACCUUGUAGAGCUUAAUGUAGAUCUAGGUCACUGUGAUCCAAGGUAAUAUGUAAGUGAAAAUACAAAGUCCACCCAUGUCAGAUUUAGAACGUAUCCCUGCUCUGCAAAAAUAAAUAAUCUACCUCUAAGUGCUGGAGCAUGACAAGUAGCAUAAAUUGAAUGUGACAUUUUUCAGAAGGAUUCCCCAUAAACUUUUAAGGCACUUCAUGUAUCUUUUAAAGAUAUUGUAUUAUUUGUUAUGAUGAUUUGUUACCAAUUUCUGAUCUAAUAAACAAAGAAAGCUAAAUUUAAGUUUUGUUUUGAUGUUUACUGGUGAAUAACUAUAGUGCUUCCAACAGGCACUUCUCACUACAGUAUUUUGUAGCAUUUCUAUUAUAGCAUUUAUAGUAGCAUUUCUACACACCAAAAGAUUAAAGUAUUUUAAAGUAAUGAAAAUAUCAUGUAAUGUUGCCCUGCACUGGUAAAACUGAUGUGUUUGCUUCAGAAACACUACUAUAGUUCAUAUAAACAACCUGCUUUGUAGCAAUGGUGGAAAUUGAAAAAAGGCUAUAUGGCACAGGUUUAUAUAUAAUACCAUUAUGUUCUGUUGUAUAACUGGAGCCUUUGAAUAGCUACCACCAUUGCUACACAGCAGCUUAGUUAUGUAAACAAAAGUAGUGUUUCUGAAGCAAACAGAUCAGUUUUACCGGUGCAGGGCAACACUGCAUUAUAUUUUUAUUACUUUAAAACACUUUAAUUUUUUAUGUGACUGUUCCUUUAAUGUAUUGUGUUUACAUGCUGUAAGAUUCCAAUAGAAGUCACAGCACCACCAGUGGAAGUCUACUUAAAACGCCUUUAUUGAUUACACGGCUUGGAUCUCCAACUAGCUUAUUGGAGAUCCAAGCUGUGUAAUCAAUAAAAGGCUUUAUAAGUAUACUUUACUUCCACUGAUGGUGUUGUGACUUCUAUUUGAAUUAUAUUAUCGAGUUGAAGUGAACAACGCUACACGUACGUGCACCUGCAAUUAAUCAAUUAAAGUUUAGUCAGUGCUGACCAAUUGCAAUUAUUUACAUGCUGUAAGAUUACAGUUGUUAUAUGAAACCCACUUUCAUAUAUACUGUAACUUGUUGCCAACCGAAAUGGCUUCAUACUUGAUCAGAUAUAUGUGUACAAUUGCUUAUUUUUACUUCCCCUAAUCCCUUUUUUAUUGCUGUACCCCAACUAAAUAAUGUUUGACAAAUAAAGAAUUUACAAAAAACAA